AUGGAGCAGCCUUCCGUACCAUCGCGUCCUGAUGUCAUCGCGGCAUGUGCACUCAGGGGUCCUAAGGCAAACGGCAUCCCAUAUAAUAGCGAUAUCUGGAUUAAGUAUGGUAUAUGUGUGACAGAAGCUGAAGCAAUAUUACAACAAUUUAUACAUGAAAAUACAGAUCAUAGCAUCAUGUAUACGCCAAAAGUUUAUGACUACUUUACCGAGCAACGCAAAAACGCUCUACCAAUAACAUAUAUCGUUAUGGAGCGAAUAUAUGGUGAGGAGCUUCCAUUACCACCACAGGCAACAAUUGGACCAUUAGCAGGGCAGAUACCUCAUGACUGGUUUUUCUCAGAUUACGGUGCUGGUCGGACUUUUCAAUCUAUUGAGGAUCUCCAAAACUGGAUUAAUAAGAAGCUAAAGGAAGAGGGAUGGCCUGAUAGGGUUAACUUACCCUCAGAGCGGUGUAUUUGCCACUGUGAUCUUUCGCAGUUUAAUAUCCUCCGUGGUAACCCGGUUAUUAUUAUUGAUUGGGGCAUGUCAGGAAUUUACCCACGUAUCUUUGAUGAAUUUGCCCUAUUUCGUCAGUUUAACCUUGAAGGUUCUCGGUUUGCUAAGACUCUUCAUAAGAAGCUUUUUGGGGAUACAGUACCUAAACACCUACGACCGCUGGCGAUUGUAUCGAGAAUCAAUGCUGUUGGCUGGUAG